AUGCAUAUUCAGGUCUUUUGGCCGUCAGACUUGAUACAGACAGAGGAAUACAUCGGUGUAAAUACAGUGGUAAUUGGUCAUAAUAUCGAAGAGCAAAUUUUGGUAGUGGUAGCCACCUUGCAUUAUAAUCAGGAUAAAGAGCUUAUUGAUCGAAAUAUUUUAGAUGAAAACAGGAAUAUUCAAAAGUUUAAUGAUCAUUUAGAAGUUGUUGGAGUCAUAGGUGAAGCAUCAUGGUGGAAUGGUACUACUAUAGAGAUCCAUAAUGGUCAAUUAUAUAUGGAUUCAUCAAGAAUAGUAGUUUAUGAUCCACCAAAUCCAACAAUGAUGCAGUUCUUUUCAGUGAAGCCAAUUUCAGUUUCAUUACCAGAACAUGAAAUAUCGUUGACCUCAAAAGAUUCACAAGUUGAUCAUAUAAAGGAUCAUGUAGCAAAGAGAAGUUACUCAACCCAAGAAAAACAUUUUCAAGACGCAAUAAGAUGCCUAAACAGUUGUUGGAGAGAUAGAAGAGAAUUGUUAGAAACAGUUCCCAAGAUGCAGUCAAAUUGGGAAAACAUGAAGUCAUGGAAUAAUACAUUUCAAAAAGUUUAUGAACUAAUUUUUGUCAUACUAAACUCUUUCAGAAACAUACCAUUGAAAAAUUACAUAAGAUUCAUCUCGUUACACAUAAUAAUAUUCACAAGAAGCAUCUUCAUGAUUAUAAUCAGGUUACUAAAUGGUAGAUUUUCACCUGACUUACCAAGCCUUGUUGAAUUGUCUGCAACAGCUCAACAAAUUGAUCUUAGAUUACAACAAUUUUGCUAUGCUCCAAUACAAUACAUCAGAACCAAAAGAAAAAUAGAUUGGUCUAUUGCAAGUCUACGUCAUUUACAGAGUCCCGUGGAGAACAGCUUACCUAUUGAACAGUAUCCAGAAUAUAUAAGAUUCUACAACACUCUUUGGCUAGUUAUAAAUGAUGUUACAUUUGGAAUUACUAUUGGUGCAUUGCUUUUGGAACAUCAACGUACAAUUGUGGAAAGUAUAGACAAAAUCUUGAUCUGGAAAAUUCUUUAUUCAGAUUUGAAAAAAAUUAGUAUGUGGUUAAUGAAUUCACCAGGUGGUAUCAAGUUAAAUACAGAAUUAUCUAUUUUUUUCAGUGAAUUAUUUACAUGGAUGGUUGAGUUUUGGAAACUAACAUUAAUUAAUACUUUACAACCUAAUUUAUUAUUGAUAUUGAAAAUAGCAGCCUUCAGCUCAACUUUUGGUGCUACAUUUCCCAUAGCUAUUUUUGCAGAUUUCUUAUCUGUUAUCACAUUUCAUAUCUAUUGUUUUUAUUUUGCAUCUGCAAGAAUAUUUAAUUGGCAAUUAGGUAUUUUGAAUAGCUUGUUCAAUUUAUUUUUAGGAAGAAAGAGGAAUGUAUUGAGGAAUAGAAUUGAUUCGAAUGAUUAUGAUUUGGAUCAAUUAUUAUUGGGGACUUUAUUAUUCACUGUCGUUUCAUUUUUACUACCAACAGUUUUUGCAUUUUAUAUGACAUUUACCAUUACAAGUCUUUUAAUUACUGUCAUUAUUAGCUCAUUGGAAUUAACAAUGUCAUGCUUAAAUCAUUUCCCAAUCUUUGUUAUGCUACUACGCAUAAAAGACCAUAAAAGAACACCGGGUGGGAUUGUUUUCAAAAAUUAUAAAGGAUAUUUAAAGAUUGAAAGUAAACCUUUAAGGAUAGGAAGGAUGUUUGAACCUUUCAAAAAUGUUAUUUCUAAAUUAAAUUCAUUAUAUUUAUCCCCCAAGACUAUUCAAACGAUUUUAUCAGGUCAUCCAAUUAGUGUCAAGAGAAAUAAAUUCUAUAAAAUGUUAUAUUCGGCCUUACCAGCUGAACCUAUUGAAAAUUCAGAAGUUUGGAAAGCAAUUUCAUAG